UGACAGCCGCAUCGUUGUUUAUACUUUAUUGGUUUACAAAAUAGUGAACAAUUCAAUAUUGUUUUGAUAAAUAUUCCGAAAAUACUUCUAAUUAGAAGGAAAGUUUAAAUCAAACGGCUUCAAAAUUGAUUCCUCAACAAUGGUGUCCACUCGGGGGCAUAAGUACAAGUUUAUGGAUGGAGAGAAAGUACUUUGCUAUGAGCCGGAUCCCACUAAAGCAAAAGUUCUUUACGAUUCAAAGGUUUUGGACGUAUCAGAAGGAAGAGACAAACGAGGCCGACGUGUGAUUGAAUAUAUGAUUCAUUUUCAAGGAUGGAAUUCAUCGUGGGAUCGGAAGGUCAGUGAGGACUUUCUUCUGAAAGAUUCAGAAGAAAACCGACAGUUGCAGAAGGAUCUGGCAGAAAAAUCACAACUUCAUCAGGGAACUUAUCUUUACCGGAAGGAGCGGAAGAAGCAAAGAGAGAAAAGUUUGACGGCGCGUAUAGAAAGCCUUACCGCUUGCGCGCAAAAGACGACUAAUUUGGCUUCAUCGGAAGAGGGUAGUUCUUGCAGUAACGGAUUCGGUCGCGAAGAAACAGAUUUUAACAUUGAUGUUCCAGCCAAUUUAGACCCCGAUACUGAAUAUUACAGUAGUUCCGUUGAAAGCAAUCACGAGGAAGAGAAAGUGUAUCUUCAAGUCGGUGAUAAAUUAAAACGAAUACUGGAAUUCGACUAUCAAAUGAUUUCGGAAAACAAUUUGAUCGAAGUUCCGGCUCAGCUUCCAAUUGUUACAAUUCUGGAGAAUUUCGUUCGUCAUUACGCGAUUCGACAACUUUUCGAGGUGGGGCAAGAGCAGACCAAACACCGGCGUAGAAACAGCGCUUUUAUGAAGGGUGAUCAGAAAACAAAAGAUUACGAGGCAAUACGGACAAAUAUCGAGCUUUGUAAGGAAGUAGCGGAUGGUUUACGUUUAUACUUCGAUUUUACACUGAAGGAUUAUUUGCUGUAUUCAAACGAACUACAGCAGGCUGAGUUGGUGCUUUCGGAAGAAUAUCUUGCCAACUUUACGUAUGUGGCUCCUCCAUGUUUAUCGCUUGAUUUAUUAACUGUUCGGUUAGAAUCUCCGGUUACCGAUCCGGGUAUGGAUCAUCUGGAUUCCGCUAGUGUUAGCAACCUUACUGCAACACAAGAAGAAAAGAAGCGAAGACGAUUACGCUCCCAUAAGAAUGAGGAGAAUGAGUUUAUGCUAGAUCUAAAUUCAAUUAAAUCGGAAGCAGUUGCGCCAAGAAAUGCUCAGACGCUAGCGUAUUCUUUGCUAAAAUCCGCAUUCCGUUCUAGUAUAACCAUAUCCUUUCAGACUAAGGAAAUCCUAGAGGAUGCUUUCAGUUGGAAGAUUCUACCGAUAAACGCUCCAGCUGAACCUUCGAUGAUUUACGGUGCAACUCAUUUGGCCAGAUUGAUCGUGAAAUUGCCCGAGUUUUUGUCCGCCACGACAAUAGCUGACGAGAAGCUGAAACUGUUGCUAAAGUUUUUGGAUAGCUUUUCCGAAUUCAUCGAAGAACACGACGAAUGGUUCGGUCGGAAAAUGUACAACGAUGUGGUCAAACUGGAAGACCGGAUGGGUCUGAUGCUGAAUUCGAAUCGAAUGAGCUGCCUACAAAUAAAGGAGGAAGAUUUGGAACUGCACGAUGGUGGUAUCAUGGGUGGACCGUUGCUGUCAGAUGUGAAAGUGGAAGCGACUAGUUUGCUACCGUAAAACGGAUUUCAAUAAACGAUUUUGCUGCUCGGGA